AUGGCAAUUAGUAUGCUAAUGGUGAGUGAAAUGCGUAGUACUACAGAGAGCUCAAGUUCCAGUGAAACGGAUUGGAAUAGUAGUAUUUCUUUGGGGAUGUGCAAUACAUCUUCAAGUAGUGAAGAAAAUGAUAGUUAUUUAAUGUUAUUUCCUUUAUUAAAAUAUUUAACUAAUGGACGUAAGAGACAUCGAGUGGAACAUUACCUUAAUAUUGUGGAUAGCUGGACAGAUUUGGAAUUUAAGGAGCAUUUGCGAGUUAAGCGUAUCACUGCAAAUCAAUUAAUAGAUGAAUUACAAGAAAGUGGGUUUAUUCCCACGCAUUUAUUUAGAGUAAAACCAAUUGAAGUAAAACUCAGUUUUCUUAUAUUUUUGUGGCACUUAGCAAACACAGAACCUUUGCGGACAAUAUCAGAUAGAUUUGACGUUUCAAUUUCAUCUGUUUUUCGAAUAAUUUGUCGAGUUACAGUUUGGAUUUUGACAAAAUUAGAUAAUGUUAUCAAAUGGCCUCAAGGACAAAUAGCCUCAAGGUUGUAUAUGUUUGUCAUGAAUUUGAAACUAAUAGAGGCAUGCGAAAUAUAA